GCAAACGAUAUUUGUGGUUGUCCCCACAUGAUCGUGUGCUCCUCUCUCCCUCUCUUUCUCUAUCUCUCUAUCUGUUGGACUGCGUAACACACGCACACGCCAACACAAUCAAACACACUAUCUGUGUGUGUGUGUGUGUGUUGGUCACGCAUGCCUCUGUUUAGAUCCAACGAAGGUCCUCCUAUGUUCAUGCCAACGGGAGGGGGUGGGAAGGGAAACAGACCACAGUCAACACACCAGCAGAACCACAGCCACCAGACCCAGCACCACCAGACGUCACACGGCCACUCACAUUCGCACCACCAUCAUCAAAACCAGUCGCAGCAACAGCCGCCCCAACAGCAGCAACAGGCGCGCGUUUCCCAUCUACAUCAGCAACAGGAGCAGCAGCAGCAGCAGGCGGCACACGCAGUGUUUGUACCGCAACAGAGCGGCGUCUCGAAUCUAGGUAAUCUUCAUCAUCACCACCAUCCUCUACCGCAGCAGCAACAUCAACAACUGCAGCAGCAGCAACAGCAGCAUCAACMGCACCAGCAGCAACAGCAGCAGCAACAUCUUCAGCAGCAGCAGCAGCAACAUCAUAUACACCAACCGCCGAUUUUCUUCUAUUCAAACCAACAGCCACCGGCAUUGUCGUAUGUGAACCACCCGCAGCACUCGUCCAGCAGCAGCAGUAAUGGCAGCAGCGGUGGCGCCGCUCUUCAACUGAGUGGCGCCGCCAGCAAUAGUUCGCUGGGGCAUGCCCAUGGCCAUAACCAUCACAACCAUGGUCAUGGUCACGCGCAUGCGAAUGGCGUCCUUACGCCAGUCAGCAGCAAUACAAGCCUGGUGUGUGCCCUCAGCAAUCCGGCGCUGCCGCCAACCUUUACGCCAUCAGCUGGUCUGAUCGCGCCCCCAGGCGCCAAUGGGCCUGGGGCUGGCACCACCUACAUUUCGGCAACAUUCUUGCCCUUAAAUCAUCCCGGACUGAUUGGCGCACAGCCUAUAACGUAUGCCCCAAAUGGAGGCUCGGCAGCGCCCUCUGGCACCUUCUAUGCUGCAACAGGUCAACAAAAACAACAGCUGCCGCCUGGRCAGCAGCACGUCGUGAGCGCCGGGCCCGCCGCUAAUGCAGGCCCACAGCAGACGCUAACCUACUAUCCCCAGACGUUGCCGCCAGCGCCGCUUAAUAACAACAACAGCAACAAUAAUGUGGUGGGCGGUGGAGGGGGCAACGGCGCACACCGUGCGAAUAUUCGCGGUGGUCAACGCUCGACGCCGCCCCAGCAGCCCUAUUUUACCUAUGCGGUGCCCACGGCAGCGCCUCAACCGCGUCCCACACUGGUCAACAACGCUCCAGCGGCCGCUGUUGCGCCCAUUCUGAAUCCGCGAAGCACGCCCCUCAACGGAACAGCAGCGUUUCAUAUUCCGCCGGCAUAUAAUAUACCGAUAGUACCACAGACCAACUUGACGACAGCUCCGAUGCUAGCGGCUGCAGGCAUGACCGCAGCUCCAACGGCACCCGCAACCGGGCUGCACACUUAUCCACCACAUAUGCAGGGCACAGCUCCCACUGCUGUGGCUGCUGUUGCUGGUGUGGCUGCAGGCUUUCCGCCGGCCUCGCUGACAACGGCCUCCCAGCUGGCUGGGAAUGACAAGGUGAAGGAGCGCCGGCAUGCCAUACCCAUCAUACAUCCAGACACUAAAGAGAAUGUGUUGGACCCCAAGUCAUCGGUGUUCAUCAAGAAAGACUCGAACUGCACACUGACAUCCAGCACGGGAAGCGAGAGCAGCCUGCCCCAAUACCAAUUGUCCGGCAUCUCAGAUUCAGGAUCAUCUACUCAACUAAUUACCGGCGUCAUGGUGGAUCAUCAAAUGCAAACGGAUAAAGCAUUGCAACCACAUAGCACCACCCACUCAGCUGCAGCUGCAGCCCUCCCACUGACUGAUGAAGACAAAGUCAGCGUCAUUGUCAAGGACAUACUGGCCCACUCGGGCAAUCCGGACGAACACCUCAGCUUCUGGCAGUUGAAUGACGUGGACAACACCUCGGAAAAUGCAACUCAGGCAACUUGCGGCAACAUGAACGCAAAUUACGACGGUUUGCCACCUGCAGCUGCAACAGCAGCCACAGCAUCAACAGCAUCAACAGCAUCAACGGCAUCAACAGCAUCAACAGCAGCAGCUCCAGCUCCAUCUGGCAGUUCCAACGCCCCAGUGAUGUUCAAGGAACCGCCGACGGCUAAGAAACAGCGCCCCAAGUCAGCGAACAAACAAAACCAACUGAUCGUAUUUCUCGGGAUUAUCGUUCUCCACCAGGAUGUUGAACAAAGCAUCGAGUAUGUCUUGCAGAAACUUGACUACCUCCUCGCCGGGUACCGCAGAUAA